AAACUGAUCCGAGCCCCAUGUCUGAUCCUGUGUCAUUCAGUAAAGAAUUGCACACAAGCCUCGUAACGGCCGACCAGGAAUUACAUUUAACAUAUAUGUGUACUGAUCAUGAUAUGUGACGCUACAUAGUAACGCACAGAGACCAGUGCCAGUGAUGGACCAACUGGGAACAUAUACGCGCAUUGCAAUUUGCGCAGCACUAUAAGUAUAACUACGUUCAAAAUGUUUUGGAGUCAUGGCUUCGCCUGUUUCCACAAAGUUAACCGCGUGUGUUUGACUUUCAGGCUUGUACACAUAGCUGAAGAUUACAGGAAAGACCGUGAAUCACGGCUUGACACACAUUCUCAACAUAUGUAUACUACUACUGAAGCACGGCAGAUGUUGUUGUGCACUUACGUCGUUCUGGCGGGGAACAGUAUCCUGAUAUACGACCAUAUGGUGACCCUACUAGAAGAAAUCGAUUUUAUUUGGCGUCGCCCGAAAGCACUGUCUGCAACGUUAUUUCUGCUCAAUCGCUAUGUCGCUCUUUUCGGCUUUAUUAGCAGCUCAGUCAUGGAUCUCCUCCUCGUUUCAGAUGAGGGUUGUUCGAAAUAUACGCUUUGCAGACAAUUGUACAUUUUCUUCCAAGGAAUCAUCAUUUGCAUUAUAAUGGCCAUUCGCACUUAUGCUCUCUACGACUGUAGCAAACGCCUGCUUACGUGUAUGACCAUCAUCAUCAUUGCCCUUGCAGGAGUAGCUUGUGCAGUCACCUUUGCACGAAUUUCAGGCGAUGCAGCAAUCUUUCCUGGAGUUGGCUGCUAUGAAACGUAUACAGCAGAGAUAGCUGCCCGAAUUGGGUUGGCAUGGGUGGCCCUAUUUGUCUUCGAUUUACUUAUCUUCGUCCUCACACUGUGCAAAUUUUGCAAAACCAGGGGUUUGCUGCGGUUAUCUCUGGUCACUAGGGGAAACAUUAUUGACAUCAUAUUUCACGACGGUGCGAUGUAUUUUGGAGCGAUGGCACUGAUAAAUAUACCGAACAUCUGGACGUACUACUCUGGUUCAGUUGCUACCAGAGGCAGUCUGUGCAACUUCACUACCUGCAUAUCUGCCACUCUCAUGUCUCGGCUCAUGCUUAACCUGCACAAGACUGCUGACACCGACAUUUUCUCCACUCCCUCCCGGGACGACGACCGCAGCCUUGUCGUCCUUACUACCAGAGUCGGCGUACAGUCCGCUAUUUCCUCUCACCAUUGGUAGCCUGGUAUUGAAUUUUGUGUCUGGAUGCCAAGUCGAGAGAUCAUUGUUGAGAACGAAAAGCUAUUCCCAGACCUUUUUUCGAAGGCAGCGCAGCGUUAUAGGGUGGACGACGCUGCACCCGCGCUGGUGGCUCUGGCUCAUGGGUGCUUAAUUUAUGUCGAAAUAUCAUGUAUUGUAAUUUUUGGGCGC